AUGUUUCGUUUUACCGAGCUCGUUUUCGUGGCCGCUACUUGGUCGCUCGCCGCUGCACAUACCGUUAUCGUCUACCCACCAUGGAGAGGAAACAACAUCCACACCAACGGAACCAAGUCCGACACCGACCCAUCUAUUCCGGAUGGGUCGCUCGGUAUCAACUACCACAAUGACACCGGCACAUAUGGAUUCCCAUACGGCAUGCAAUGGAUGUACCCAUGUGGUGGUAUGCCAAUGUCACAAAACCGCACAAAGUGGCCGUUGAAGGGUGGCGCCGUCUCGAUUCAGCCUGGAUGGUUCCCUGGCCAUUCGCUUGCCAUGUUCUACAUCAACAUGGGCUACGGCAAUGAGCCUCUGAACUACUCGCAUACGAUGUUGCCAGUGUUCCAAAUUCAAGGACCUUCGAACCAACAAUACCCAGGCCAGUUCUGCCUGCCACAAGUACCAUUACCCGCAAACUACACACCUCAAGUCGGCGACAAUGCGACUAUUCAGGUUAUCGAGCUUGCGCAACAUGGUGCUGCUCUCUACAACUGUGCCGACAUCACUUUCGCCGAACCAGAGGACGUUCCUGAGGUCAACGAGACCAACUGCCGCAACACAACAACGCCAGACCAGCACAUUGGUUUCCAAAUCGUAUAUGCGACAACUUCAUCGCCGGCGCCACACAAUAUGGUUGUCAACAGUUACGCAUCGAUAGCGGUACCGGCAAUGCUUGCAGCUGCCUCGUGGAUAACAUGGGUUGUCUAA